AUGUUCCUGCAAAAGCUUCUGGAUCCGGAGGAUGAACGCCGUCGCCGCGUCAGACGCGCGCGCAUCGUGCGUCGCAACCGCAUCAAGCGGGAGGUCGCCCAGGGGCUCCCCGUUCGACGCACGAGAGUGCCGAAAGCCAGCGACUACGCUCUCACCCUGGACGAACCGGAGGAAUGGACCGAACCAACACCAAAAUCGUCUCCGUUCCGACCAACGUUCGGUGGCAACUCAACGGAUGAGUCCGCGUAUCAACGUCAAACGGUGAAGCAAAUCCGAGCCUCCGCUGCAUCAACCUCCCCAACCAAGUCGCUGUUCUCGACAACCAAGCCUCAAACAUCCGCGACCAAUGAGGAAUCCACUUCGACCGGACCCAUAUCACCUUCGAGGGAAUCGAUUUCUCGAUCCAUGUCGCCGCAUAUCAAAGCCAAGUGGAUUGAAGUCUUCCAGCAGAUUAUUUUCCAGCGGCAUGAAGAGAUUUUAGCCAAGGACCCGAACCGGAAGUGGCGGCAGGAACGAUUCGGGUUGCUGCUUUUCUCCAGGCAGGAGUACGCUCGGGCCAGUGAGCACUUGAACAAGGCGGUGAGUCUUGGAGCCACCUCCAGUCUCUGCUGGCGACGACUGGCUGAAAGUUACUAUCACGUGUGGGAGGACGGAGGCGAGUGGGAAGUGCUGUGGGCGUGUCGAGCUGCGUACGAGCAAGCUCUGAACCACGUGGAGGUCGCAUGUAGUCCACUUGCGCUGUUCACGUACGCGCGGGUGCUGGAGCUGCUGGGCAGCUACACCGGCGCGUUGACGAUCUGCGCCUCAAUUCUGCAGACAUUCCCGAAGUUUGAGCAACUUCGAGAGGUCAAACUCCGCUUCGUUCUCCUCCAGCGCUACCAGCUCUUCUCAUCAACCAGCGAGACCUCAGCAAAGCUCGCAGGGCUGAAGAAGUGUACCGGGUACACGCAAGAGUUGCUCCUGGACAAAGCCAUCACCGAGGGACCGCGACAUAUCAACGUGCUCUACUUGCACACUCGGCUGAACGAGAUGCUGGUGGAUGUUUCGACGUUGUCGGUGCCGGAGCCGCAAGGGCAAACGCCAAAGCCAAAACUCGCGCAUGUCAGCGUCGACAUUUUGUUCCAGGAGCUGUACAAGCUAGCUAUAAAGAGUCCUGAGGUUGCGCCUCCGCCUGGGGUCAAGUGGAAGGCGUGGAGGGAUCGCAGCGAGACGUACACAGCGUUCGCCGAGUACUUCCGAGCCCAAGGUGAAAAUGUUCUCGCUUCCGAUGCGUUGUCCCGGUCACUUGAGCUCUUAGAUGUACAACCAGCGGAAAGCAACAGCGCUGAGAAGUCGACCAACCUGUGGAGAGGAUUGACGGAGGAGCAGCGCCACAAGCGAAUUGCUCUGUACUUGGUACUCGCUCGUAACUACUACCAGUGCAACCAAAUGGAGAAGGCCAUCCGCUCCAUGGAGGCUGUGUUUGACCUUGAUCCUCUGCACGCGGAGGCUCGCGCAAGUCUGGUCGAGUGGUUUCCGGCAAAAUGGCAAUACCGACUGGAGCUGGAAGACGCCAGCCAAGUGCAAAUCGCUCGCGUACUGCGAGGAAUUUGGGAUCGGAAGCGAGCUUUACUGCGUCGUCGGGAGGUGACUCGUGCAGCUGAGCAGAAGUAUCGCGAGAAUCCAUAUCACCUUGGCUCUCGUCGUCAAGUGCUUCGAUUUCUGCGCGACAAGUACGCUUCGAUGUUUGCAGCCCAGGAUCUUGCAGCUCGUAGUAUCCAACGAGGUGCUCGACGAUAUCUCUACUACGCGCGUAUGCGGUGGAAGAUAGAAGGCCAGCGUGAAAAAACUCUGCGCGAGCUGAAAAGCAAGUACCAGACACGAAAGUACCGAUACAACCGCGUCGUUCGAAGUCAAGUGGCGGCUUUGCUACCUGAUGAAUACGAUCACCGAUUCUUCCGUGAAGACUGCAGUGCGCUUCGUAUCCAGCAACUCCAGCGUCAAAAUGAAGCAGCAAAACGUAUCCAGAGAUUUUCCCGUCGCUAUUGCCUCCCACAAGCUGCUGCUCCUCCUCCAGUUGAUGAAUUACUCUUUCGUGCUCAACAGAAAAUCUCACGCGCUAAGGAGCGGCUUGCACUGAUGCUGCAGCGUCUCUAUAGGCAGUGGAAAGCCGGGGUCGAUCUCAACCACGCAGCGCGUAAGAUCCAAGCGCUGUACCGCGGCAAGAUCAUGCGUCGCUUUCUCCAACUUCUGCGGAGACGAGUGUUGGCACCGCCCUGUGCAAGUCCAAUUGGUGUUUUCAUCUCAAAGUGUGAGAGGAACCACCAGGCAGGGACCGAGACGAUGGCAGUGCUGCACUCGAUCGACAACCUGGACGAGAAGCGGUCUCUGUUCGACCACCCGGUUCUGGUAUUGCGUGGUGCGCGCUUAUCCCAAAGACCCGAUUCUCCAUCAACAGACGAGAGUUUCUCUCUCCAGCACGUUGUGUCUGCGAUUCAGUACAGCGCCGUGUUGAAAUGCUUGAUCUGCUCAAGUGGAGACUUCAAAGGGGACCGGAUCUUGACGCUUCUCCAGGCUCUCCAGACGAGGAGAAAUCUGCGGGUGCUGGCGUUUGGCGAAAUCACCACCGACGUUGGCAAAAUACCUACAAACCAAGAGCCAAGUGAGCAGUCAAUGCAACCACCGACAUCUUCUGCGUGGAGUGUAGGCGACGACAAGGAUAGGAGCGCGCAUACUUCGCCAUCUUCUCCUCUCGGUCGGCGACUGUUAUCUCUCCCUUCCCCACCGUCGUCGCCACAGCCGCACCAAAGGCGCCAGCUGAGUGCAAUGCACACGCUCUCCAAGGCUCUGUGCACGUCAAACUUUCUGCUCGAGGAACUGUACUUCGAAGGGAACUCACUGCUCACGAGACCCCAAGAAGGCGCGGUGCUGGCUGGGAUUGUGGCCGACUACUUCUUCGCGAGGUACGGACACCUCCACACGUUGGUCGUGGCGCACAUGUGCUUUUCAGAUGAAAACGGCGCUCUGCUGGGCGCGGCUCUAGCGAUCAACACCGUCUUGCAGAAGCUGGAUCUCCACGGGAAUUUACUCAGUGACGGCGCCGCAGUUGCGAUCGCCAAUGACGGACUUGCCCGCAACAAUACGCUCCGGUACUUGAACUUGGCUGAGAACGCAAUUGGGAGCGCUGGGGGCAAGGCGCUGUUCAGAUGUUUGGGCUCCAGCAAUCGGUCACUACAGACGCUGAUCCUGCGAAACAACCACCUCAUGAGCGAUGUCAUGCCCUCGCUUAUUGAAGCCUGGCAAAUGAACGCCGUGAUCAAAGGCGUGGAGCUGGCAGGGAACCUCAUCAACGAUCGAUACGUGGUAGAAUUUCAGGCCGCAGAAGCUGAGCGUCGUGAAGUUACGCCAGCGAAGGAAAACCAAGAGCUGCGUCUGCUUCUAGCGAGAAAGCGCUUUGGGGUCCGCGAUGUCCGGUCACCGAUCGGUAGGCGGGGGAUCGGGAUCUUCUCCACGCCCGUCACUUCACCUGGAAAGAGCGGUGGUCUCAAGACGAAGAAGAAGAACGCCCCGCUGUCACCGAAGAAGUGGCUAAGCGCCAACGCACCCAAGAUCAUCUCCCCCAUCGCAUUCCCCACGUCGAUGAACAGACAGGCAAAUGAAGUGUACGCAGCGACAAAAUUCUCGGUGGAGAAUGUGUACUCACCACCAUCUCGACCACGAAAGCUGCUGAAAGCCUCAUCGUCGUCUUCAUCUGCUCGACUGGUUUCGCCCUCAAAGCUGCCAGCGCUAUCGUCGAUGCCUGGCAAGAAGCGCGUAGCAUGGUCCCUCGAAGCCAUGGAGCUGUCCCGCGCCGAGAGCGCCCUGCGCACGCUCAAGAACCGCCCCAAGGUGCCCGCGGGCGCCGUGGACACCGCGCACGCCGUGCUGCAGCUCCUCUCGCCGGCCAAGACGCCGACGACGACGACGCCCGAGUCGCCCACGCAGGCCAGCGACCUCACCAGCAGCGCCAGCGCUGGAGAUGAGGAGACCCGGCGCGAGCUGCUGCAGCAGGAGCUGCAGACGCUGCUGCUCUACGGCAAGGAGCGCUGGGAGCCCGUGGCCGUCUUCCUCGUGGUGGUGCGCGACCUGCUGAGCCGCCGCCUGCAGCUGCCCGACCUGGACGCCAACACGGACUUCUGCCUGCCGAGCACGGCCGACCUGCCGCUCUACGUCUCGCAGAUCGCGCCGCUGUCCGACGCCUUCGUGACGCAGACCGUCAAGCAGGCCGUGCACCAGCACAUGGAGUUCUACGAGCCGCGCGUGCGCAUGGCCGUGGCGCGGCUGCUGGGCGUGCUGGCCCGCUGGGACCUCGGCUGGGUCACCCAAGAGUUCACGCCGCAGAUCGUCGACUCGGUGGUGAGCAACCUCAGCCGCUCGCCCGACUUCGAGGAGACGGGCUUCGACGAGCUGGACGACAACGUGAGCCAGAACGGCAUGGUCACGCCCCCGCAGAGCCCCGAGAGCACGCCGCGCACGCCCUCCACGCCCUACCGCCUGGACGACGUGAGCGGCUGGAAGGCGCUCGAGAGCUCGCUCUGCGCGCUCAAGUACAUCAUCAAGGGCAGCGGAGAGGCCUUCCUGGAGCAGCAGCAGGCGGCGACGGACGACGCGGCCCAGCAGCAGUUCGUGUACCUGACGCCGCAGAUCCUGGAGCUCGUGGCCACCAAGAGCUGCUUCCACAUCAACCGCCACGUGCGCGUCGUCGGCCUGGACACGAUCACGGUGCUGGCCGACAUCGCCCCCGUGGGCUUCCUGGAGGCGCACCAGGCGGAUGUCAGCGACGUGCUCAACAAGUGCAUCAAGCGCGGCAUGGAGGACAACUGGUGCCAGGUGCGCUACGCCGCGUCCAUCUCGGCGCGCACCUUCCUGAUGAAGCUGCAGGAGCAAGGCCGCGCCGCGUACCUGCCCGUGCUGCUGCCGAGGCUGUGCCUGAACCGCUACUACAUCGCCGAGCGCGUGCAGAAGUACUCGCAGGAGUCGUGGCGCAUGAUCAUGGGCAACCAGGGCCGCGAGCUCGUGGCCAGGUACGCCAACGAGAUCGUCGACUACUACGUGGAGAUGACCAACCACUGUGUGCGCGAGUCGGCGUGCCAGUGCAUUGCCGAGCUGGGGAUGAAGGUGGACCCGACCGCCAUUCGUCCGCACGUGGGGCGCCUCAUGCAGGCGCUGCUCAUCUGCUUCUACGACGUGUCCAACCUGGUGCGAGACGCGGCGUGUCUGGCGUCGGCGCAGCUGGUGCUCGGCUUCCCCGAGGAGUGCCGCCCCUUCCUGGACGAGCUCUAUCACCUGUGGAUCGACCACCUCUCGGACGAUAUCUGGUCGGUGCGUGAAGACGCCGCCAUUGCCCUGGGCAACGUGAUCCGCGCGUACGGCCAAGAGGCGCUCGACCGCGUGGUCAAGAUCACGGAGGAGUACCUGCCGCUCGCAAAGAAGCAGCCGGCGAUGACGCAGCAAGAGUACGACGAGCUCAUGCGCUCCGAGAAGAAGCACCUGAGCAAGCAGGCCUUCUCGUGCUGCUCGCUGGAGCCCAAGCUGUUCCAGCGUCACGAGCACCGCGACAAGGAGCCGUGGGAGCACACUGACGGCGCCAUCUACAUGGUACGCGAGCUCUGCGACGUGGCGCCUGACGUUGCUGUGAAGUUCCUCCCGCAGGUUGCAGACAUCGCGAUCCUGCGCCACUUCCCGCAGGCGGCCGUGCUGCAGGAGACGAUCUGGAAGCAGCUGCCGCUCAUGUGCGAGGCGCUGGGCAAGAAGGUGUUCAAGCGCUACCUCGAGCUGUUCUUCGACCCGCUGGUCUUCACGCUGCAGGGCACGAACCGCCUGGCGAAGUUCGCGGCUCGCGACUGCGUUGCGCAGAUCAGCAAGCAGAUCGGCCCCAGCAUCUUCCUCGGCCGUCUGGACGCGAACCCGGCCUGGAAGGAGGCGCUGGGCCCCGUGGUGCCGGUGCAGUCGUACAUGAUCAACGUCGCUUCUCACUGCGUCUCGAUUCCGAGCGCGAGCCGUGUGCGUGAGGGGAUUCUGGUCGCCUUAGGACGUCACUUCAGGGGGAACCAGGACGUUUCCGGUCAGUCAGCGCGCUCCUGGCUGAGCGCGUGUUUCCAGCGAUACGACGAGAACGGCUCUGGGUUUGUGUCGUGCGAUGCGGUGCUCAAUGUGGUGGCGGAGCUCACGCUCUUCCGAAUUCACGAGUGGUCGGCGAACGAGGUCUCGCAGUUCUGCGCCUUCUUCUUCCGAGGCGAAGACAGCGAGCAGAACUUCGACUACCAACUGUUUCUCGACUACCUCUUCUUCCCCGUCAACCAGCACGCGCUUCGGAUCAAAGUGACGAAGCAGAUUGCCACAGACGAUAUCUUUACUAUCCAUGAGGGGAAGCUGUAUCCAGCACCUCUUGGGCCUGAAGAACCCGAAGAACGUGUAUCUCAUCCGGUUGUCCUCAAACAACUCGACCUGACAAAGUUCGCUGCCGAAGCGGAGAAGAACACGCAGUAUGGCGGCGCUGUAGAGCUUGUGGCUCAGUUGCGCCACCGAGUGAACGAGUUGCGGCUGCUCACUCACCCGAACCUGGCCGGAUUCCAUACGACGCUGCAGAACGGAAGCUCGCUGUAUUUGGUCCAAGAACACCAUCAGAUCUGCUCGUUGCGAACGAUUCUCGAGUCGUUUGGACCGAUGAAAGAACCGACGAUCCGCCGCUACCUGUUGCAGAUUCUUCAGGCCGUGUCCUUCCUCCACGACCAUGGCGUAAAUCACGGCAAUCUGACCAUGCAGGCCGUGCAUAUCGACAGCUACGGGCUCCUCAAACUGACCGACUUUGGCAUUCGACGCUGUUUGCUUCCUCUUCUUGCAGUGAAGAACGCUGUCGACGACGAUUUCGCUCGUAGAAAUGUGCCCCCUGAAGUUCUUCGGGAUUUCCGUCUCUGGGGUGAGAAGGCUGACGUGUGGUGCGUCGGCAUGCUGACGCUCCAAAUGGCAAACGGGCUCGUGAAAUACCCCACUCAGUACUCAUUGCAGAAGCCGACAGAUAGAAAUCCUUCGCUGCGUCACGCUCGUUUCCAGUCCAGCAGAGCCACCCACUCUCCUAUGAAGAAGCGAGGACCCGAGUCACCCGAAUCUCUAGGAGCAUCUCGACUCCCCUCACUACCAGAAACGGCGUCAAAGAACCUAAAGGCGUUUGUUCGUGCCUGUCUCCAGCGCGAUCCACGCAACCGGCCAGCAGUGCGAGAGCUCAUGGAGAUGGGGUUCUUCCGCAUCGACCAGGCCAAAGAGACGAACGAGGUGCUUCGAACGGUGUGCACCGACUUGGACGCGACAAUCCGCAAGCUCAUGGCGUCGUCUCCAAGGUCAGUACGCCCCAAGACGAGGAACUAG